AUGACUAUACCCUUGUUAUCUGAACUUUUGAUAGUAUUAUCAAUUAUACAACAUAAAGCAUGGUCCCUUCCGUUGAUGAAAAGAGAAGGUGAUGGUUAUAUUGAUGAUGGCGAGUCUGCAAUCACCUUGAUAAUAGUACUCAGUAUAACGGUAUGUUCAAUCAUGUUGGGACUUUUGGCUGUUCUGCUCUGUGCUUUACUUAGAUUUGCUUUGAAGAAGAAAUAUCUAGCGCUAGAGAACACAAUACCAGGGUCGUUAGAUGAUGAAUUUGAAAUUGAAGAAAGAUUGAGUGAAUUAUCCCCAAAUGAACAAAACCUUUAUAGAUCAGGUCAAGAUUUCAUUAAACAAUACCCACCUGUUAAUGAAGAAUUAUCACUUUCAACACAUUUGUUAAUACAAGAAAAGGGGAUAGAAGCUUGGGAUUUCAUUCCUGAUCCUAAUUUACCAAAUGAAGCUAUUUUCAUCAACAAUAAAACUGAAGUUAAUUUCACAAAUUAUGACUAUCAAUGUUCAAUUCAAACAAAUCUACCAAUACCCAAAUUAAAUGACGUCUAUUAUUUUGAAGCCAAAAUAUUUAGUUUAGAAGACCCAGAACAUACAACAUUAUCCAUAGGUCUUUCAACAAAACCUUACCCUUAUUUUAGAUUACCAGGAAGACAUCAUUAUUCAAUAAGUUAUGAUUCGGAUGGAUCAAGAAGAUUUAACAAUUCCUUUAAAUUGAACGAAAAGGAAAGUAACGUAUUUCCAGAAUUACAACAAGGUGAUGUUAUCGGAAUUGGUUAUAGAUGUCGUAGUGGUACUAUUUUCUUUACAAGAAAUGGUAAAAAGUUAAGUGAAAAGUCUAUUGGUGGUCAUAUAAAAGGCUUCAGAAUGAACAACAUUUUUCCAAUAAUUGGAUCUAAUAACCCGUGCUCAAUUCAUGUGAAUUUGGGACAAUAUGGUUAUGUCUUCAUUGAAGCUAAUAUCAAGAAAUGGGGUUAUGCAUUGAAAGAAGGUACAAGACCACCUCUACCUGAAUACAAUUCAUCGAAUAAUGAUCUUUUAAUAGAGUCGUCUAAUGAAGAUGAUGACGAAAUCAUAGCACCACCAGACUUUUAUUCAAAUGCUGGUUAUCAAUCUUCAAUUGGAUCUAAAAAGAGUUUUAAUGACAAUAUUACCUUAAACUCUUUACCACCAAAUCCACCAACUUACGAAUCUGAUGAUCAAGAAGAAGACGAACAAUUAAUAGCAAAUACUAGUAAUAAUCAAUUUUUAGGUGUUGAUGAGGUUGAAGACUAUGAAGCUAGAAAUAGAAAUAGUUUUGAAGUUACACCGGACGAGGAGGAGUCAUAA